GCUGAAAAUCUACAACCAUGGAGACAACCUUGACAACCCACCUGAAGGUCUCUUUGUUAAAGUGGAAGAUCCUGACAAUAAAGACCAUCUCUGUAAGACAUCAGGCCACUCUGGUGCUCAGUAACACACUUGCUGUUUAUUCUACCCUACACACUAUCUGGUGCACUAAAAGUGCAAUACAGUACAUUUGGGAUGUAGCCUCAGUCUCAGAUAGUUUAAUCCACAAAUUGUGACAAGUUGAGGUUUGCUUUGAUUGAUAAAAUAUGAACAUUCCCUGUGAUGACCUGGCGACUUGUCCAGGGUGUACCCCGCCUUUCACCCGUAGUCAGCUGGGAUAGGCUCCAGCUUGCCUGCGACCCUGUAGAACAGGAUAAAGCGGCUACAGAUAAUGAGAUGAGAUGAAGUAUGAACUUUGUUUAAAGAGUGUGUAAUAUUCUAGCAAGGACUGAGAGAAACAAAAUUAUUUAUUUCCUUCCUUAAAAUUUAUUAAUCAUUUAUAAACCAAUGAUGUUAACCUGACCAAAAAAAUGUAUGGAAAAUCACACAAUGGGUCAUGCUGUUAUAUAAAAUUCUGUGCCGGGUGAUUUUUAUUUUCAUAUAACAGCACGGCCCAAAGUGUAUUAUUCCCCUCAUACCACAGUGAUUUGCUUACGAUUACAGUUUUUUAUUUAUUAAUGAAUGACACAUUGCAUGUUGUAUUUGUUUCUGUUUACAUUUAACGUUACAGAAUGUCUGUCAUUCUCUCCAGCCACUCCUGUGUUUUAUUCUGAGACCAAAAAAUGCAGGUUGUUGUAUGACUGAGAAACCAGAAAGCACAAACUCUUCUGUCCUGAAGACUCCUCCAUCUUGGGAAGCUUACUGACUCAUACCUGGGUCUCCUUCCAUAAAUGUUAAUUAAACAUGUCCUAGCAUCUUCACCACAUUAGAAGAUUAUAGCUCAUGCUACGCCACAGGAUAGCAAAACACACCCAGAGGAAAGUGCUAUGUGCUCUCUUCCCUACAUGCAUGAGCUCACAGAAGACCCCAACCGGUUGUGAGUAUGCUCCUCAGUAUGCCCCGAAAUGGGAUGUUUAAUAAGCACAUAUGGGUGUGAGAGACAGAAGUCCAAAUAUCUGUAUGCAGAUUUAGGGGCGUCACAGUGGCUCAGCUCCAGGGUUCUUGAUUCGAUUCUAAGCUAGGGUUGCUGUCUGUGUGAAGUUUUGCAAGUUCUCCCGGUCAGUGUAGGUUUCCUCUGGGUCCACUGGUUUCUUCUUCUACUCAAGUGAGUAGGACGCUUCUUUGCUUUGCUCCUGCUUUCUUGAUCUUUAUUUCUAUACUUUACCUUCUCAUUUAAUUUCCACUAUUUUUUCAUUUUAUUUUUCAUCUUUAUAAGCUUUUAAUUUAAUUUUAAUUUAAUUUCCACUAUUUUUUCAUUUUAUUUUUCAUCUUUAUAAGAUAAGUUAGCUUUUAAAACAAAAUGCCAGGAGGCAAUAAAUCCUGGAGAAAAUGCAUGGAACUAGAACAGAGGAUUUCUAUCCUGGAAUCAAAGAUUGAUGCUCUGCCAAAGACGGAUGAAUUAAAAGCGAUAUCUCAGGAAAGGAGUACAGAAAUAGUGGCUGAGAAUGCAGAGAUUGCACUCCGACAGACCGACGGCAUUGCAGAUUGAGUGGAUGAAUUCAUCGAUCAAGCUGGGCAAAAUGUGAGUACAGAAAACUGGCACAUGAUGGGUGGCAAGCCCAAAAAUAAAAACGGAAGAGUAAUUACCUCAACACCAGCUCGUUCUACAAAUUACAAUAGGAUUUACAAUCCUAUGGAAAAUCCACAGCCCAUAAGGCUUCAGAACAAAUUUGAAUGCCUCAGGGAUGUGGAAGAGGAUGUUUCAAGCGGACAAACACAUCGUAAAAAGAGAUCGCACCAAGAUCGAAGAGCUGUGGGAAGAGGCAAAAAGCAGCUCGUAACACCACCUGAUCCCACAACCCUUGUUCUUGGUGAUUCCACUGUAAGACAUUUAAAAGGUCAUGGGAUGAUUAUUUGCUGCCUUCCAAAUGCAUCCAUCUCUGACACCAAAGACAGCAUUUUGAAGCUCAUGUCCGAGCAUAAAACUAUCAAAUGUAUUGUUGUGCAUGUGGGAGCAAAUGAUGUUUUCAGAGAACAGCUGUUUGUCCAAGAUGAUUUCAGAAAACUUUUUUCUGAUCUCUAUAAGACUGGAAUACAAUCUUUUAUCAGUGGCCCACUCCCAGCGAGAGGAAGCUUUGCAUUUUCUUGACUCUUCAGUCUUAACACCUGGCUUGGAAAAACUUGUUUUUCAUUUGGUAUGAACUUGAUAGACAAUUUUAACCUUUUCUGGAAUCGCAGAGAAUUCUUCAAGCCAAAUAGCACUGAAUUCAGCUGGAUUGAGGCCAAAGUCUUAGUAGACCAUUACAGACUUGCAAUCUUUUCUCAGCCAGCAUUGAGGAAAACAGUUAAGAUGUCGCAGACUGACAUAGUUACAAAAAACAAUACCUCUGCAAAGCCAAAACAAUCAUCUUUGCAAGUCAUCAUCAAGGACACAGACAUCUGACCUGCCAGACUGCCAAGAUUCAAAGACAGACUGCCAAAAAUCAGAGACAAACUGCCAUACAAAGAACUCACCAAUUUCUCGCUCUUCUGACUUCACUGCACCAUCUCCGUCUCCCACCCGCAUGGAUUUCCCUAAUAGUAUGCAAAGAUUGCUCCCAAUGGCUGCACUCUCUUUUUCCAGCCCAAAUCUGUCGCGACAAGCAGUGUACCCAGUUCAUCAAAACUGUGUUCGCCCAGGACUUUCAGCUGGCUACAAAUCUUUUUCACCAUCUAAAAGAUACAUGUCAUCUCCAAUCCUUUCACCCUCAAACCAAAUGGAACAUUUAAAAAGUCUUGUUUGAUGUACUCUGGGUCCCUGCAAAUCAUACCUGUCAACCCUCCCGUUUUUCCCGGGAAAUCCCUUAUUUUGACUUAUUUCCCACUGUCUUCCUGUUUUUUUUUUUAUUUUCCCGAAAAUAUCCCGUAUUUUCACAUUAUAUAAAAGUCUCGUAUUUUCACAAUAUAAAAAAGUCGGUAGGUCCAUAAUUCAUGACGCGCCUCUGACAGGAGUUUACAGCAGGAAGUCGGGCCAUGAAUUCACGUCCCUGCCCUCUCAGGCAUCAGUAAUUACAGAACUAUGUCCAGAGGCGAGGCUGAACAAGUGAUUAGGUCCAGUGUUGCCAGAUUGGGCGGUUUCCCACCCAAGUUGGGCGGUUUCAAGUGCAUUUUGGCAGGUUUUGAACAUAUUUUGGGCUGGAAAACGUCAGCAGCAUCUGGCAACACUGAUUAGGUCUGAGGUGAAGAUGGCGAUGCUAAUAGCUAAGAAAAACAUUAGCCUCUCUUUCUUUGAUGAUUUCAACAAGUGCGUGGCUGGAAUGUUCCCAGGCUCUUCCAUCGCAAAGAAAUUUUCCAUGGGGAAAACGAAAGCCUCCCAAAUAAUCAAAGACUGCGAAGUUUGCAAAUCCUUCUUCCUCAACAAAUGUGAGGUUCAUGGACCACCUGUCUUCAUCCCAGAUACUCCUGUUCCCAUGGGAGUCCCUGACCGAGCCAGACAAACUCUUCCUCCUGGGCUAGAAAUCCAGAAGUCCAGUAUUCCUGAUGCAGGCCUGGGAGUGUUUAAUAAGGGGGAGACUAUUCCAGUAGGUGCACACUUCGGACCCUACCAGGGAGAGCUGGUGAACAGGGAGGAAGCCAGGAACAGUGGAGAGUCCUCAGUGGUAUACAGGAGCAUGCAGUGUGAAGAAUACAUCGAUACCAAAAGAGAGAUGCAUGUGAAUUGGAUGAGGUAUGUGAAUUGUGCCCGUAAUGAAGAAGAACAGAAUCUUGUGGCAUUUUGGUAUCGAGGGGGAAUUCUGUAUCGUUGCUGUCGACCCAUUAACCCAGGACAUGAGCUCUUGGUGUGGUAUGAAGAGGAGUACACCAAAGAACUCAGUCCUGCACCUACAGGAACAACCAGACAGCAAGAAGUAAAGAACGCUCUGCUGCAAGUCUUUUCCUGCUCCACGUGUCCUCGUUCCUAUGCAUCUCAAAUUUGCAAACACAUCCAGAGGUGCCACUCUGAAGAGUAUGUGAGACUGCAAGAAUCAGGAGAGAUUAAAUAUGAGCUUCAGAUCCCCUCCAAAUGCUCCAGUAGUCAGCCAAUAUCAACUGAUACUCUCAGUUCUGACACUUCUCAUAAUGACGUACAGAAGGAAAUUCACCACUGCUCAGACUGUGGAAAGAGUUUUGGUCAUCAGAAUGCACUCAAGACACACCAGCACAUUCACACAGGAGGAAAGCCACAUAACUGCUCACAGUGUGGGAAGAGUUUUACUGAACAGAGUGCUCUCCAACGACACCAGUGCAUUCACACAGGAGAGAAGCCGUAUCACUGCUCACAGUGUGGAAAGAAUUUUACUCAUCAUUGUCAUCUCCAACAGCACCAGCGUAUUCACACAGGAGAGAAGCCAUAUCACUGCUCACAGUGUGGGAAGAGUUUUACUCAUCAGAGUACUCUCCAACGACACCAGCGCAUUCACACAGGAGAGAAGCCGUAUCACUGCUCACAGUGUGGGAAGAGUUUUACUCAGCAGAGUAAUCUCCAACAGCACCAGCGUAUUCACACAGGAGAGAAGCCGUAUCACUGCUCACAGUGUGGGAAGAGUUUUACUGAACAGAGUGAUGUCCAACGACACCAGCGCAUUCACACAGGAGAGAAGCCGUAUCACUGCUCACAGUGUGGGAAGAGUUUUACUCAUCAGAGUCACCUCCAACAGCACCAGCGCAUUCACACAGGAGAGAAGCCGUAUCACUGCUCACAGUGUGGGAAGAGUUUUACUCAUCAGAGUACUCUCCAACAGCACCAACGCAUUCACACAGGAGAGAAGCCGCAUCACUGCUCACAGUGUGGGAAGAGUUUUACUCGUCAAAGUAAUCUUCAACAGCACCAGCGUAUUCACACAGGAGAGAAGCCGUAUCACUGCUCACAUUGUGAGAAGAGUUUUACUCGUCAGAGUAAUCUUCAACAGCACCAGCGUAUUCACACAGGAGAGAAGCCAUAUCACUGCUCACAGUGUGGGAAGAGUUUUACUCAUCAGAGUAAUCUCCAACAGCACCAGCGCAUUCACACAGGAGAGAAACCAUAUCACUGCUCACAGUGUGGGAAGAGUUUUAAUAAACAGAGUGAUCUCCAACAACACCAGCGCAUUCACACAGGAGAGAAGCUGUAUCACUGCUCACAGUGUGGGAAGAGUUUUACGAUGCAGAGUCAUCUCCAAAUGCACCAGUACAUUCACACAGGAGAGAAGCCGUAUCACUGCUCACAGUGUAGUAAGCGUUUUACUCAGCAAAGUACUCUCCAACAACACCAGCAUGUUCACACAGGAGAGAAGCCACAUCACUGCUCACAGUGUGGGAAGAGUUUUACUCAUCAGCGUAAUCUCCAAAAACACCAGCGUGUUCACAAAAGAGAGAAGCCGCAUCACUGCUCACAGUGUGGGAAGAGUUUCACUCAUCAGAGUCAUCUCCAACGACACCAGUGCAUUCACAAAGGAAAAAAGCCAUUUCACUGCUCGCAGUGUGGGAAGAGUUUUACUUAUCGGAGUCAUCUCCAACAACACCAGCGCAUUCACACAGGAGAGAAGCCGUAUCACUGCUCACAGUGUGGGAAGAGUUUUACUCAUUGGGGUAAUCUCCAAAAACACCAGCGCAUUCACACAGGAGAGAAGCCGUAUCACUGCUCACAGUGUGGAAAGAGUUUUACUCGUCAAAGUACUCUCCAACAACACCAGCGCAUUCACACAGGAGAGAAGCCGUAUCACUGCUCACAGUGUGUGAAGAGUUUUACUCGUCAAAGUACUCUCCAACAGCACCAGCGUAUUCACACAGGAGAGAAGCCGUAUCACUGCUCACAGUGUGGGAAGAGUUUUACAAAACAGAGUGAUCUCCAACAACACCAGCGCAUUCACACAGGAGAGAAGCUGCGUCACUGAUCAGUGUGGAAAGAUGUUCACUUAUUCAGUUACAUUUAAUACCUACAAGUGUACUAACUCUGAGACAUUGCAUGAUUUAAAGUUGUCAAAUUAAAUAUUUUUAUUAUUACAGUUUUGGCUGAAAAUGACCGGUCCUUUGAACUUUACUCAUGUUAUCUGAUGUUUU